AAUUAUGUAUUUCAGGAAAAGAUCACUCCAUUGGAAAAACAUGUUGCCAAGAACGCUUUCGUCAGCCUAUUGCUUGUUAAUUUAUUGUAUAAUUUUUCGUUUUGGAAAUUGUUCGGCUAAACUUUCCUACGUUACAACGAGUGCUCUCUGGAAAAGCGUCUCAGAAAAUGACAAUGAAAUCACCUGUGCAUUGUUGAUUAAUGAUGAGACACAGCUUGAUGUCCAACUGGCCAGAAGCAGCAUUGGUCUUGGGACCCGGAGAGAAUUCAGAGAGGUUCUUGUUGGCGUUGCUGAUACGUCUGAGGAAAACUAUGGAAAGCAUUUUCAGAUGCCAAAAGAUGAAGAGCUUCCUCUUCUACGAUGUUUUACAAAUGCAAAAUCCUUCACUGAUUACGGUGGUUCUUCUGCAAAGUCAGAUGUUCGGAUGUGGAUCAGAGACAUGAGAGAAAGAUAUCGCCAGAUGUGGCGAGAUGACCUUGACAGUGUGCUGUCAUCCGUCUCCGACAACUCUGUUACUCUGGUGGCUCUGCUGUCCCUGGACCAUUCGCAGCACGUUGGGGAAGUUGUCACACAGGUUGCAGACACGGUCAGUAGACAGGAUACUGUGUCAGCCAUAUAUAUACACCCCAAGUCUUCUCAUAAAAUAUCUAUUUAUCAGUACUUCAACGUGACAAUGACAAAAUCUGCUGUAGUUUCAGUUGUCAAACAGAAAAACCAAGUGGAACCAGCGGUUAAAGUUUUUAAAGAAUCGGAUAUGGAUAAAAGAAAGAUUGAGAGCUUUGUACUGUCCAGACUUGUAGCAGGGAAGCAUCUCUCUCAGAACAAUUUUGCUUCAGAAACUCUUACGGUGAAAAAGACAGAAAGAUUUCGCCCUCACAUAGUUUUAUUUUACUCAUGGUGGGCGGCAGGGACCAAGGAUUUCCUCACUCUGUUCCGAAGAGCUGUGGAUGAGUUCAGAUCUCUUUCUAUGAUGGUCAAAUUUGCUUUGGUGAAUGUCUCAGAGGAGAAAACAAUCAUUUCCAGAUAUAUCAACAUAAAAGAUUUUAAGUCAUUACCUUUUGUGGUGGCUUUUCAAAAAGAAAAAGGCAAAGAUUCAGUGAAGCAAACCCUGCUGGAUACAGACAGACCGAGCGCAUUCUAUCUUUAUAAAGCUUUGAAGUCUGCAAAUAUACUGAUGGAAGAUCCAUGGGGUAACAAGGUGGAGUUUUCACCAUAUCGCAGUCUGGAUUAUACGCAGUUCUGUGACUUGCGUGAAGGCCCAUGGGGAAGUAUCUGUACGUCUUGGGCGAGCAACCAGACUGACUCUCAUCGACCGCCCAAGAAAGUCUCCAGGUCUUUCAAACUCAAGUCCAGAAAGAAAAGUGUGCUGGACCUGAUGGAAAAGAUAAAUGGCAUCCCAGUCAUGAGCAGAGACUUAUGGGAUGCUGUGAUGGAGAAGUCUGAUGUGGCCAUGAGCUCACGUCUUGGGCAACCGGCUGUAAGGAUCACGCUGGUUGUUUUUAUCAGAGAUUAUUGUGGCUCUUGUCAACAAAAGAUGAAUGUGUUCAAAGAAUUACACACUGAGCUGAAAAAGACGGACAGCAGUCGUUUGUACUUGGUGAACUGUUCACGGGACGCGAUCCUUUGCUCCGAUCUCAAGGUCCAGGGCUACCCUUCUGUGAUGACGUUCAGGAACUACGGCUCGUUGGUUUCCCCACGCUGUGACCUGCCGCUGGAGGAAAAGACUUACGCCCAACAAGAUUACCAUGGCCCGAUAUCUACCUGGGAACUCUUGUCUUGGCAUGAGAGACUGUCUGCGAACUCGAUCAAGCAGGUGGCCUUCACAGUUCCUGAGCUCUGUUCAGAUACGGUAAAUUCUUUCACGUUUCAUAUCUGUGUUCUAGACAAAUACGGUAAAUUCAUUCACGAAGCUGAUGCCAGGCUGGUGGCGACAGUCAUCCCAAAGCUCUCUCAGUACUUGCCCGUAGCUCCCAAGAGAGAUCGUAAUUUUUUCUUUGGUGAGAGUUGCUUGCGGCUGGUGUGUGAGCGGCUGUUUGGUCUGGCGUCUUGCCUGAUGCUCUACAGUGGAGAUGUGCCUAAGUCGGAGUACUCUGAUGCCCCGAUGAAGGAAAUGGUUGUCACUCAGAUAUCAUUUGAGAGAAGAGAUGGGGUCUCGCUGAAGCUGAUGACCCUCGGCAAAUCUCUGUCGAAUCUGCUAGAGCAAGAGACAUCUACAAACCUUCACCUGUUUCACCACUCUCACCACUGCACGGUGCGUGAUGGUCAGAGGUGUGAAGAUGACCACAAUGCCUGCGGCCAGAUUCUUGUGCAGUUCACCAGAGAUCACUUACGUUUGCCCGUGACUCAUCUCACCUCCGAGAUUUUCCACACCAAAAACAGUCCUUUGUUUGAGGACAGGAAGCCGGUCUUGAUUGUGCUAGCGACAGCUGUUAACAUGACCGCAUCCAGCAGUUUCAUGCAGAUGCUGCAGGAAGUGGCUAUGAGCAUGUACAAAGACUUGACCGUCACGAUAAUGGACGUGAGCCAGUACCCCUCGUGGGCCGGCCGGUUUGUGCCUCACAAGUACUACAACUUGUUUGCAGACACGGACAGUGCCGGCCCCCUUCACGUGUACCCUCGCAUGUGUCUGGUGGACUGGCACGACCACUCCCACGCUGCCUUCUACCCGCCCCUGUCCCUCCUGAUGCCAAGGUAUUCCGACGCCACAAACGCUUCCGUCCUGGAGGUCGAGGACUCGCUUAUGUUCAAGGACGUUGACGGUUUUUCCACCGUAGGGGCUGAUACUGAGACGCAGUUGUGGAAGACAGAAUUUGUGCUUCAGUACAUCGCGGAAUAUCUGAAACAGCCGGAUAAGUUUACCGUGAAAACAGAGCAUUUUUAGGCAUUGAGUUUGUGUUGUUUGUUUGUUACUGCUACUCUUCUACAACAGGCAAUAGUCUCUCUGAAGUGCAAACCAGCCAUGAACUCUGGAUAAAAUCGUAGCCCUCUGAUUUAUUUUAGCCUGCGAAGAACCUUGAUUGGAUUUAAUUUUGCAUAGAAUCCGAUUUUUUUCUUGAAUUCUGUUUUUAUCGGUGACAUGUAAUUUAUUGUAAAUGACGGGAAAUACACACGUUUAUAUGUGAUUAUUUGCAAUACUUUUGCAACUUAUGGUAAAUGAUGUGAAAAUAGACACUUUUAUUUACAUCUAUUCGCAAUACACAUUUGUUUGUCAUGGUGAAUUCGUAAAGUAAUCUGAAUCUACUAGGGUUCUGUAGACUCUUCAUUUUUUGCCCCCAAACUCCAAUUUUUAGGUAGAAUUCUGAGGUAAACGCUAUUUUCUGGUUUUGGAGGGCUUGGCAAGUCUGCAAGUGCUACGCAAUUAGGGAAGGAGAAUUAUUUACUUAUUUUUGUGGCUUUGGUGAUCUAAUGGCUAGGCAGUUGGGCUGGCAACCAGAAAGUUGGGGGUUCAAAACCUGUUAGGGGCCUGACAUGGUGUCCUUUACAUUACACAAAUUUUCCUCACUUCACCCAGGUGGGAAUGGGUACCCAGCUGUAGACAGCGAAAGAUCUUGUCCGUUUGUUAGUGUUUGAGUGCCUAAUCCGCUGCUUAUACUGCAUGCUACCCAGGAAGCCAAGAAUGUUUUUGUGUGUGCUAGAGUUUGCUGGGGUAAUAAUAUAGAUUGCAAAACACAAAGAGCUUACUGUUGACCGGGAUAUACGCUAUAUAAAUACUAUUUAUUACAUUUCUAUUGCAAUUCAUACUGCAGAAUCUCAAAGUCCUUUCUGCUGUGAAAUGAUCUGACCUUGUAACGAAGGUAUGAGGACUUAAUGGUAGUGUGUGUCUGAACCCAUAAAAUGCGAAGGGUCUCCUGUGAUACAUGAUUUAUUUUAUUGUUUACAAAGUAACUUUCUGUUUAUUGCCGUCAUAUUAGAUUAUACUUAUUAUUUAUACAUUUAUACAAUAUAUUUAUACAUCUUGAUGCAGAUGGACCAUAUGAAGUAAAUUUUACACCACAAAUGAAAUGACGAAGAUGUACUCUUCAGUAAUCAUCAUCAUCAUCAUGAUCAUCAUCAGCCUUUUUCGCCCUGUGCCGGAGUAUAGGCCAUCAACAAGAGCUCUCCUUGUAUGUCUGUUUCUCAGUCUUUCUACUUAGAUGUUGUAUCCUUCUCAGCCCAGGCUGGUCAUGACAGCAGGGUCGGAAGCC